AUGUUCGGCGACUCCGCACUCAAACUGGCCACCGAGGCCAAAGCCUGUUUGAACCUCGACACUCUCAAACCGUACAACGACGACCUGAUCCGACUUCUCGUGCUGGAAACCAAACAACUUCACGCGCACCUCACUUCGCUGCUCACCACGCUGUCCGAUCCACACCUGGCCCCGAGCGAGGUGGCGGGGUUGCAGAGUCAGCUGUUGAUGCUGCACUUGAUUGUGGGGUACAACCGUCGUGCGUUGUUGCUGUACCACAAUACGCGACUCGAUCUCGUGUGCAGCCAUUUGGCAAGACACAGUUCGCUAGCGAUCCUGCUUGCUCGCGAACCAGGGUUGCGGACAUCAUUAAGUCCAGCAGAACAGGAUUCCCUACGACGCUAUGCGGAGCUGCUCCAGCGUGGAAAAAUGGCUUAUCUCGACCUGAGCCCCGGCUUGCGGUUGGACGUGUUGGAUGGUCAAGUGGCCGAAAGCGUGCCCACAGAGCUGUUGGUGACAGUGAAGGUGGAAAGGGAUCUAAAGGACGUUUGGCUGAGCAGCAAUCAGGUGGCGCCGACGACGCUGAGGAAGGACCAGACGGUUACGAUUGCGAGGAGCGAUGUGAGGGGGUUGAUCGGGAGGGGGUGGGUGAGUGUUGUGGAUGGCAGUGGGUAG